AUGGUUUCAUUCAAGACAACGGGCUUCGUUGCCGCUGCGGCUCUUGCUACAGUCGCUCAGGCCGAUUAUACGAUUGACCCGAAGACAGUGCCCUUUGCCACCCGAGGUAAUGAGCCAUAUAUUUCUUGGACGUCAAUGACUCCCGCUGAUGGAUUGCUGCUAGACAGAUGGUGUCGUGAUGAGAAGCUCACUUGCCCCAUGAUCUGUCAACAAACCGAGCCGCGCACUACUUUAGUCAACGACUGCGACCCUGAAACCCUGAUGUACGGUUGUCUCUGCGGCAACAACAAGCAGCCCAACAUCUCCGAAUACAGCCUGAGCAUACCCUACUACUGCGUCAACAAGUGCAACAACAACAACAUGUGUGCAUCUGACUGCCUCCAGAACCACCCGUGUGGUGCGACCAACCCCCAACGCUACAACGCCUCUGCGACAUCAUCACAAGGGGCCACGGCUGCCAAAACGGGCAGCGAUGGCAUCUACACCGGCCCCCCCGGCUCGGCCAACGACGGGUCGUCGGGCAAGAAGUCAGGCGCGGGCUCGGCUCUCGAAGCCGGCCGAUCGUAUGGAUUCGCUGUAGUGUUUGUCGGCCUGUUUGCUGGCUUCACCAUGCUCGAAAGAAUUGCUACUGAACAUGUAGUCACGGGCAACUUGGGAUGGACGAUCAAGGUGGUUGGUUAA